ACGCUGCUGGAGACGCCGCCGUCUCGCCGCCAGAGACGCAAAGAGGAGGCAACUGCAGCGGCUGCACUGCCUCUGGCUGGUGGAAGUGGAGAAGGAGAUGGCGGCGUCGUGGAUCUGCAGGAGGUGCCGCACGUGGGGAGUCUGGAGGUGGUGGAGGGCGACGACAUCUUGCAGACGCUGCUGCGCGCCAGCACGCCGCGAGUCAAGCGCCGGUUCCCGUCGGAGGAGGCGCUGACCGAUAGUGAGAAGAGAGAGCGAGAGACUCUGAGACGCAGACGCAUCAUGAUACGCAGCGAGUACUCGGCCAUGAAGCAGGAGCAGCCAAGGGAGGAGAUGGAGGAGGAAUUCAAGACGCCGCCGCAGAGUCCGGAGGUCGAGAGGACCUUGUUCCAGCUGGUUGAGCAUGUUCAGGAGGCUGCGAAGAAGGUGGACGGGGAAGUACCCGUAGAGGACGGAGAGGAAGAGCGCGUGCAGCUGGAGGAGGAGGAGGCCGAGACGGACGAAGAGACCACGGAGAGCAAGAUCCACCGACUAAGCCAGGUCAUGCACCUCAACUGGCGCCAGUUCUUGCUGCGGCUUAUCUCGGGAGCGCUGCUACUCUGUGUGAUGGUGGUGGCAGCGCCUUUUGUGAAGAAGUUGCUGGAAUCACCACUGCCGUACUGCGAUAGCGAGUGGGUCGACGCCAAUGACGGCUCGUUCGUGCUUGCUGAUCCAGCAGACCAUUUUGACCGGUCGAAGGCCCUGCAGCCAUUUAUUAGCAGCACUGCUGUGGCUGCGCGGCCCACGUGCCAGCCGUGCCCCGUGUAUGGCAACUGCCUUAAUGGCUCCGUAAUCUCUUGCGCGCCGCCGUAUGUGUUGCAGUACGGACUGUGUAAGGAAGACCCUGAAGUGCAAGAAAGCCUCGACCAGCUUGCGCUCAGUAUCCAAAAGUUCGUUGUGGAGAAAGCUGCUGCGAACGCGUGUGACAGUGUGUCGUUGUGGAGCUACCUUACAUCGAAUGAGCCACCGGAGCCUUCAUUUGAUCUGGCUGCGUCGAUCGAGGUGCUGCUUUCUGACGUGCAGGUUUUCGUGACAAGGACGAUCUCGUUCGGGAAGGCAGUGUCGACGUUGCCCCGCGAGUACGUGUUUAAUCGCGCCCUAGACAUGGCGCUACGCAACUUGAAGGAUGUCUUCGUGACUGAGGACCAGAGUCAGCUCGUCGUGGGUGGAGGUGUUGUGCCGUGGCAGUGCCGAGCCAAGCACCAACUGUAUUCUCACAUUAAGUUGAUUGCAGUGGCGGUGGCAUUGGGAACUGCGUUGGUCUUCGCGUACCGGCAGUUCCUCCUGUACCGCACGGAGCGCCAACUCGUCGAUCGUUUCGUGAAAGAGGCGCGCUUCUUCCUCUUGGACCGGACGCGCCGGACUGAUCGGUUCUACCCAGCCGAUCAUUUGCGUGACGACUUGUUCGAGAAGCAGUCUCUUCAAGACCGUGCAUGGCUCUGCAAGUCUGUCUGGCCCAAAGUUGCUGCUGUCGUGAAGGAUGAUUCACGGAUUACCACGCGCUUGAUGAGGUAUGUG